GGUAGCUAGAGCCUCGGGAGAGCUCCUGAGGGACAGCUACAGCGAUAUACAUACAGUAAACCGAGACCAAGUUCGAUUCCAGAAGAUCACAAGCCUCUGUCCUUGUUGUUGCAGACCACGAUAUCGUCACGAGAGCCUUUCGACAGCGCGCCACCGAAGCUGCCUCCUUGCUACCGACUCAACGACAAGGUCUGAAUCGAGCAAUCAGCAUACCAAGGAAGCAUUGCGCCCUCGACCAAGUGACACGGGACAGCAUCUCACGACCAGCAACUGUGCUGAUCUCACGCAUGCAACUGUAGAGAAUGACAAGCUUGAGCAGACGGUGACAGGCUACGCUUGCGCGAUCUGCCCUUUGAGGCUUAACAGACAAGAUGGACGUGGUACAGGCGGUUUCGGGAUAUAUCUCCAAGAUGGUCUCCGCCGGGGAUGGAGUAUCGGGAGCACCAUCUGCCAAGAUGAAGAUUCUGUUGCUGGAUAGUGAUACUAUGUCUGUCGUCUCCACUGCCAUCACACAAUCUGCGCUACUGAACCAUGAGGUCUAUCUCAUCGACAGGCUUGACAAUCAGAAUCGAGAGAAGAUGCGGCAUUUGAGGUGCCUUUGUUUCGUGCGACCCUCACCGGACUCAAUACAAUACCUCAUCGAUGAAUUCAGACAACCAAAGUACGGCGAGUACAACAUAUACUUCAGCAAUGUUGUCAAGAAGUCGUCGUUGGAGCGACUGGCGGAGGCAGAUGACCAUGAGGUGGUUAGGGCUGUUCAGGAACAUUUUGCAGAUUAUAUCGUUGUCAAUCCAGAUCUUUUUACUUUCGACUUGGGUUUCCCGAAACAGCGAAUAUGGAGUUCGAAUCCAAAUACGUGGAACGCUGAUGCUCUGCAGAGGACAGCUGAGGGUCUCAUAGCAGUUCUACUGUCUCUCAAGAAGAAACCCUUGAUCCGAUAUGAAAAGAAUAGCUUGUUAGCUCAGAAACUGGCGAAGGAGGUCCGAUAUCAGGUCACACAAGAGGACCAGUUGUUCGACUUCCGAAAGGUGGACACUCCUCCAAUACUUUUGAUACUAGAUCGAAGGGAUGACCCUAUUACUCCCCUCUUGACGCAGUGGACAUAUCAGGCUCUGGUACACGAACUUCUCGGCAUCCACAAUGGUCGAGUUGAUUUGAGUGAUGUUCCAGACAUUCGACCAGAGCUGAAAGAAGUGGUCCUGUCUCAAGAUCAAGACCCAUUUUUCAAGAAGAACAUGUACUUGAACUUUGGUGAUCUUGGAGGAAACAUCAAAGAUUACGUGGAGCAAUAUCAGUCAAAGACAAAGAACAGUUCCAACAUCGAGUCAAUAGCAGACAUGAAACGGUUCAUCGAGGAGUACCCCGAGUUUCGCAAACUCUCUGGAAAUGUUAGUAAGCAUGUCACGCUCGUUGGAGAGUUGAGCAGGAAAGUAGGCUCAGAGAACCUGCUUGAAGUCAGCGAGGUAGAACAAAGUCUGGCAUGUAACGAUAAUCAUGCCGGUGACCUGAAGAAUGUGCAAAAGCUCAUUCAAUCCCCCAAUGUCACACCGGAUUGCAAGCUUCGACUUGUUGCUCUUUACUCUCUGCGUUACGAAAGGCAUCCUUCGAAUGCUCUACCUGUUCUGGUUGACUUACUAGGCGCUGCUGGAAAUGUUCCACAACGACGCAUUGAUCUUGUAGCGAAACUCUUGAUAUAUCAUUCGUCUUUGCAGCAAGCUCAGACUGCUGGUGGGAUCUCAGAUAUCUUUGAAUCGGCCGGUAUCUUCGCUGGAGCUCGAGAUCGAUUCAAAGGCCUUAAAGGUGUCGAGAAUGUGUACACCCAGCAUUCGCCUCGUUUGGAGCUCACGUUACAAAACCUCAUCAAGGGACGCCUUCGCGAGCAGCAGUAUCCUUUUGUUGAUGGUUCCACUCGUGACAAACCCCAGGACAUCAUCUUGUUUAUCGUUGGAGGUGUUACUUUCGAAGAAGCGAAAUGUGUCUCCCAAGUGAAUGCAUCUUCACCUGGUAUAAGAGUUGUCCUUGGAGGGACCAGUGUUCACAAUAGCACUACAUUCCUGGAGGAGAUGGAAGAUGCUGUUUCUUCGUGGCCAGAACCACAACCUACCACUGCGGCAGGUAGGCUACGUAAAGAGACUGGAAGACGCUGAAUAUUGAUGGAAUUGGUGUUUGCAAGCACCAUAGUCGAGAGAGAUUCAACGAAUGAUCGCCAGUCUUGGUUCCCCCGCCCAUGACAAAAUCUUCGCGCUAAGAAGAUUUAGAUUGAAUAGCACUUGAGUGCUGUGGACGGGAAGAGAUAGGCAUUGGGCAAGGCUGUCCUCCAAAUGAAGGAAAACUUGGUCGUUUCGGAGGGAGAAGACGUCAAAAAGCUCGACGAGCAAUACUCAUGUAGAACAAAACAAUUUCGACAGAGACAAUCUCUAAUCUUAUGAUUAUUCCCAACCCAAAUGAGAAACCACAGGUCGCACGAAUGAAAAAAUGUUACCAG